GGCGCGAGGGUGGCAGCCGGAGCGAGCCGCCGCCCCUGCCCGCCCGGGGCCCGGUGGGGCGCAUGGGGUGCUUCGAGUCCGGAUCGCGUGCGGGUCUCGCGCCCAGCUGCCUGCUGCGGUGAGAAGCCGCGUCGGGACGUCCCCAGACCCCGAGCUGCCGGGAGGAUGACCAUGGCCGGGGGCAGGAGGGGACUGGUGGCCCCGCAAAACACGUUUCUGGAGAAUAUUGUCCGGCGGUCCAAUGAUACUAAUUUUGUGUUGGGGAAUGCCCAGAUAGUGGACUGGCCUAUCGUGUACAGCAAUGAUGGAUUUUGCAAGCUGUCUGGUUACCACAGGGCAGAAGUGAUGCAAAAAAGCAGUACCUGCAGUUUUAUGUAUGGGGAGCUGACUGACAAAGACACAAUUGAAAAGGUGCGGCAAACCUUUGAGAACUAUGAGAUGAAUUCCUUUGAAAUUCUGAUGUACAAGAAGAACAGGACACCUGUGUGGUUCUUUGUGAAAAUUGCUCCAAUUCGAAACGAACAGGAUAAAGUGGUUUUAUUUCUUUGCACUUUCAGUGACAUAACUGCUUUCAAACAGCCGAUUGAGGAUGAUUCAUGUAAAGGCUGGGGGAAGUUUGCUCGGCUGACCAGAGCACUGACAAGCAGCAGGGGUGUCCUGCAGCAGCUGGCUCCCAGUGUGCAAAAGGGUGAGAACGUCCACAAGCACUCCCGCCUGGCAGAGGUCCUGCAGCUGGGCUCAGAUAUCCUUCCCCAAUACAAGCAAGAGGCACCAAAGACUCCCCCUCACAUCAUCUUACACUACUGUGUUUUUAAAACCACGUGGGAUUGGAUCAUCUUGAUCUUGACCUUCUACACAGCCAUCUUGGUCCCUUACAACGUCUCCUUUAAAACCAGGCAGAACAAUGUGGCCUGGCUGGUUGUGGACAGCAUCGUGGAUGUCAUUUUUUUGGUGGACAUUGUGCUGAAUUUUCAUACCACCUUUGUUGGACCUGCGGGGGAGGUGAUUUCUGACCCCAAACUUAUCCGCAUGAACUACCUGAAGACGUGGUUUGUGAUUGACCUUCUGUCCUGUUUGCCAUAUGACGUCAUCAACGCUUUUGAGAACGUGGAUGAGGUUAGUGCCUUUAUGGGUGAUCCAGGGAAGAUUGGUUUUGCUGAUCAGAUUCCACCACCACUGGAGGGGAGAGAGAGUCAGGGCAUCAGCAGUCUCUUCAGCUCUCUGAAAGUUGUUCGGCUGCUACGUCUGGGGCGGGUAGCCCGUAAGCUGGACCACUACAUUGAAUAUGGAGCUGCCGUGCUGGUCCUGCUGGUGUGUGUGUUUGGGCUGGCUGCACACUGGAUGGCCUGCAUUUGGUACAGCAUUGGGGACUAUGAGAUCUUUGACGAGGACACCAAGACGAUCCGCAACAACAGCUGGCUCUACCAAUUGGCAAUGGACAUUGGCACUCCUUACCAGUUUAAUGGGUCUGGCUCAGGGAAGUGGGAAGGUGGUCCCAGCAAGAACUCUGUCUACAUCUCCUCGUUGUAUUUCACCAUGACCAGCCUCACCAGCGUGGGCUUUGGGAAUAUUGCCCCAUCCACAGACAUUGAGAAGAUCUUUGCAGUGGCUAUCAUGAUGAUUGGCUCACUUCUCUAUGCCACCAUCUUUGGGAAUGUGACGACAAUUUUCCAACAGAUGUACGCCAAUACCAACAGGUACCAUGAGAUGCUCAACAGUGUUCGGGACUUCCUGAAACUCUACCAGGUGCCCAAAGGACUGAGUGAGCGAGUCAUGGACUAUAUUGUGUCUACCUGGUCCAUGUCUAGAGGCAUCGACACAGAGAAGGUCCUGCAGAUCUGCCCCAAGGACAUGAGGGCUGACAUCUGCGUCCAUCUGAACCGCAAGGUGUUCAAGGAGCACCCAGCCUUCCGACUGGCCAGUGAUGGCUGCCUGCGGGCACUGGCUAUGGAGUUCCAGACAGUGCACUGUGCCCCAGGGGACCUCAUCUACCACGCUGGAGAGAGUGUUGACAGCCUCUGCUUUGUGGUCUCUGGCUCUCUGGAGGUGAUUCAAGAUGAUGAGGUGGUGGCUAUCCUAGGGAAAGGAGACGUGUUUGGAGAUGUGUUUUGGAAGGAAGCCACACUUGCCCAGUCCUGUGCUAACGUGAGGGCCUUGACCUACUGUGACCUGCAUGUGAUCAAGCGGGAUGCCCUACAGAAAGUGUUGGAGUUCUACACAGCCUUCUCCCACUCCUUCUCCCGGAACCUGAUCCUCACCUACAACUUGAGGAAGAGGAUCGUGUUCCGGAAGAUUAGCGACGUGAAACGGGAAGAAGAAGAGCGCAUGAAACGGAAGAAUGAAGCCCCCCUGAUUCUGCCCCCUGAUCAUCCUGUCCGGCGACUCUUCCAGAGGUUCCGACAGCAGAAAGAGGCCAGGCUGGCGGCGGAGAGAGGGGGCCGCGACCUGGAUGACCUGGACGUGGAGAAGGGCAACACCCUCACGGAGCAUGGCUCAGCCAACCACUGCCUGGUGAAGGCCAGCGUGGUCACGGUCCGAGAGAGCCCCGCCACACCCGUGUCCUUCCAGGCGGCCUCCACCUCCGUGGUGUCAGACCACGCCAAGCUGCAUGCCCCGGGGUCCGAGUGCCUGGGCCCCAAGGGGGGUGGCGGCGACUGUGCCAAGCGUAAAGGCUGGGCCCGCUUCAAAGAUGCUUGUGGGAAGGGCGAGGACUGGAACAAGGUGUCCAAGGCCGAGUCGAUGGAGACGCUCCCCGAGAGGUCAAAGGCGUCAGGCGAGGCCACCCUGAAGAAGACAGACUCGUGUGACAGCGGCAUCACCAAGAGCGACUUGCGCCUGGACAACGCGGGCGAGGCCAGGAGUCCCCAGGACCGGAGCCCCAUCCUGGCAGAGGUCAAGCAUUCUUUCUAUCCCAUCCCCGAGCAGACGCUGCAGGCCACUGUUCUGGAGGUGAAGCACGAGCUAAAGGAGGACAUCAAGGCCUUGAACGCCAAAAUGACCAAUAUCGAGAAACAGCUCUCGGAGAUACUCAGGAUAUUAACUUCCAGAAGAUCCUCUCAGUCGCCUCAGGAGCUGUUUGAAAUAUCGAGGCCUCAGUCCCCAGAUUCAGAGAGAGACAUUUUUGGGGCCAGCUGAGAGGUUUGUUUAAAAAGGUCAAAAAAGAAAAAAAUAUCCGCACCCCUGCCCUAGACAACACCCCACCACACAUGACCAACAAUUUUCAAAGUGGGACCAGUGGCUCAGGUGGGGUCAUGCUCUUUUCAGGAAAAAAAAAGAAGCAUCUCGUGCCCCACCCUGCAAGAUGGCAGCCACAUCUGAACAGUCUUUGCACAAUUCUGGAAGCAGGGUGUGCUGUCUAAAGGGUAUUUAAAAUUUUUUACUACCGUGACAUUUAUAAAAGGUUACAAUUACCAGAAAAGAAGAACCAGCCAUUUAGGGAUUGACGGGAGAGUACAGAGAACCCCUCAUGUAUAUACCAUGCAGAGCUCCUUCACUGACACCCCCAAAGACCAAGGUAUGGGCAGGGACUUCCCAGCGUUCCCCAACCUUGUACAGCCUGUCUUACGUCACCAUCUAUUUUCCUGUUGUCAUCAUUUGGGACAAGGGGAGCUGGGAGUACAGAGCCUUUCAAACAUCUCUGCUGAAGGCUGAACAGUAGGUACAGGUAGGGCCCUUUGGCCUCCAAGGACUCUAUUGUCCGAGUCAUAGCUUGCUCCCAUGGGACCGUUGACAGUGAGGCUGCGGGUGGCCCUCUGGCCCUGCUCCAUGCCGCAGGCCUCACUGCACAGACUACUCCUUCCUGACCUCUUCCUGAGUGUUCCCAUGGCAUUCCUCAGGGUAUGGAGCAUCGGCAGGAUGGGGCGUGAGCCCAGAGUUGCUUUACUAUUAGACACACACAUAUGACCUCAGUCAAAUGAUUGUAGCAAGUGCUAUGUUUAUAUUUUGAUUCUCAUGGGGAUUGUUCUUCAGAAGUUUGUAUUUUGUACACUGCAUGGGGUCAUUAAAGGACACUUGGGAGCCAUGCUUGGCCUUAUUUGAAAGCAACCUCUUUCCUACUAAAUGAAGACAGGACCAUGAUAAACAAGAACACAACAGCAGAGUUUUGAGUUGUUUCAGUAACCGGUCCAUGGGGGAAUAUCUGAUCAGAGAACUGUCUCUGGGCUGCCCCAGUCCCAUGAUGCUCAGGGACACUUGCUGCUUCAUUAGCUGGGAUCAGGUUACUCAAGGUUCAGGAAAAGAAAGAACUGCACACUCUCAAGCGAGGUGUUGGGACACUAACCCUCUAAACAAGCAAGGCAGAAGAUCAGCCCUGUAGUCGGACCACAGCCACGACCCUGUCCCCGGUUUUGCUUUGCUGUCAAGAUUCUGAAUUCCAGUGCCCCUAGGGAACGUGAUAGGUGGAGACCUGCCCGACCAAAGAUUGUCAGCAUUUCCAAAAUGAGCCUGCCCAUCCCUAUAGCAUUUCCCAGGACUUGGAUCUCACCUGUCUGUGCAGAGCUUCCAGAGUCGACAGAGAUAGCCCUGAGAGGUCAAAGGCAUGUCCACAUGUAGCUUUUGGCCUCAAAUGGCCUCCAAGAAAGUGUCAUUUGCCAAGUCACACCUGGUUGUGACCAGCUAAAGCUGGGUGAGCAUUAGACUCUAACUUGAGCAGCUGCUAAUGAAUCCUUGGGGCAUAGGAUUAUUCCAGAUAUUUUAUACCCUAUCUGCCCCCUAAAUGUUCCAGUUUGCUAUUCCUUCAACACGCUCACUGAUCUGCUUCUAAAGCUUAGGACCUGCUACUUUAGGGCAGAACCCCUAAUCACCCCAGCUUUAGAAACACCUGUCUAGGUUUUUCUUUGCUUCUCUGGUGACUUGAUGACAUGCCUCUAUCAGCACCUCACAGCCAGUGGGGAGAGGCUCUGCCUAUUAAGAAAUAUCUACCCCUGCUAUACCACCAGCCCGAGAGCAAAGAUGCUAAUGAGGCUCUGAAGUCCAGACCUGCUUUGUUUGGGAAAGAGCUUCAGAAAUACAUUCUAGUAUCAAAGUAAGAUAAUGACGGGAAGCCCAGACCCCCCAGGGGGACUCUGCUGCUCAUCUCUGGACUACAGAGCCCACAAUAUAAGUUCCUGGAGGUGACAGAACACCAGGAGUAUGGCUGCAUCUGCAUUUAUUGUCCAUUUAAGGAUCUUAGAAAGUUUUUUUUUCCCCCAUUAAAAAAACAGUUCUAAAUGAGCCACUCCUUUUUUCCUUUUGAUGACGUGUAUUUGGCCACAGGCUGCUUUGUGCUACCUACCUAACUCUUGCCAGGAUACAACUCCGAAUUCCCAAGCAAGGACCACAAAUCUCAGAUACCACUGACCUGCAUCUUCCAGCAGAAACCAUCUGGUGGCUGAAAAGAAUUAAGGAAACCAAAGGUUGCUAGGGAUUAGAUAAACAUUUAGGCUUCAGGAAAAUUAGAUAUUUUUACAACAUUAUUUUUCAUUUUGGAGGGGACAGGCAUCCAGUAAGUUGCACCGUUGUCCAGUAAGUGCUGGUUACCUGAUCUCUGCAUAUUUUGAAUGUCAUUCAUGGGGGAGGUCCUGCCCCUGUCACUUAGGGCUGCCUGUUGAACAUACUCUUCUUCCCUGCUGAUGGGGGUGUGGGAUAUAGGUUAACUCUUAAACAAGAUGAUGUGUUGGUUCUUGGUAGAGUGUGCCAAUUCCAGCAACAAUGUGCCCAUCCCACAGCCCACAAAGAGUUCUUCUGCUGGAUAGAAGCAGCCAUUUGGUUGAAAAGCUCUAGUCUAGUGCACAAUUAAUGCAAAUACUUGAUUGCAUUAAUGCAGUGCUACAUCUGCUAAAAAGGCUACAACAUGGCCCAAGUGUUUUAAAACUGUGCUCAUUGUUUUGGAAAUACAUUUAUUGCUUUUGAUCUCUUGGGCCCAAUUCCUGAGUCCUGUUUUACACUUGACCUCCUGGAUCUUCUGUGUUGUUAAUAAUACAUCAGCUCUUUUCCUAGAAUCUUCAAAAGUGGAAGUAGCUGGGCAAGGGGCAAAAAUACACUUCACCAUCUUACCCCAUGUGUCAAGCUUUAUCUUCCAAAUCCUUAGGUGUAAAGUGAAAGUAUUAAGCCAAGUUGGUGUGAGGAUGCUGUCAGAACUCUUUAGGAAUACUAAUUGGAGAAGAUUCUUAUUUCCACUUGCUGCACCAACUACAUCUCACACAUACACUCUAGGACAUUUUAGGAGCCCUGGUAGUGAUAGAAGUUGCUGAUAUGCAUUUGAUUGACAGAAUGUACUAUGUUUUGCAAUAAAGAUGUUUAGCCUUAAGACCUUUGAAUGAAACUCCAGUUGUGAUGGAGCUGCCAAUGCCCCUUCCUCUCCUCUCUCCUACUGUUGCUUAAAGAGGAAGUCCAUUGAGGGUACACUCUAACCCCUGGAUACCCUCUCCUGUAAGUCAUUGUUACUGCUCCAUAUACUGCCUUCUCACUUGCUUCAAUAAGAAUUACCUUCACCAGCUCCUCCUCAACCUUGCACCAGGAGGAGAAUUCACUGUCUGUUUAGUACCAACUGCAGCCAUCAGAGAAAGCUUCGUUUUCUCACCAAAGGUGGUGAAAAGUUUUGAUGUCUUCUCCUGCCCCCACACUUCAAGAGAAUCAAUGUGAAUUUACCUGAAGCUUAAAUCAGUUUCAAAUGAAACUUCAUUCUCAUACAAGCAUAUCAGACUUAUUCUGGAACCUCUAAAACUGUACUUGUAUACCCUGGAGGUGCCCCCUCUGCCUGCCAUUCAACUUUUAUUAGACUCAUUGUCUCUUUGUCGGUGAUUUCUGAGUCAUCCAGGGCAUCCAUUAGUUGUUCAAUGACAAGUUCACAGAUCUUGUAUCAGGAGAUGAACUCCUCGUAUGUUAAGGAUGCAACCCCUUACCCGAAUGAAUGUAUUCUUAGUAUUCAGACACUGUAUUUAUGUAUCAGUUGGAGACUGUCCACAUCCAACAUUUCAUUGCAAGGACAUUUCUACUCAUGAGCAGUUCAUCAUUCUGGGGCUUCUCCUUAUAUUAACGAUCUUUCCAUUGAGUCCUGCCAAAUCCUUUUUUGGUAUUUUUUUUCUCCUUUGCAUCUGUCACUUUGUCCAAAUGAGCAUGAAUAAGCAAGUGCAAAUAAGCUGAUACUAUUUUUGUGGUCAGCUGAGGAUGCUGCCAGGAACUCCACUGUAUAUCUGCAGCUUGGGAAUGUUAAGAGGAACACACGGGCCCCUCCCUUGAUGAUAUUCCCUUCAACAUUUUUAAACAAGCACAAAUGAUAUUUGUAAAAAAAAAAAAGUUUAAUUUUAUUUAUUAUGGUAAUAAACUAUUUUAUACAUGAUGCUUGCUUUUGCCUUUCCUUAUAUAAUAAUAAGUCAUUGAGUUGGGUGUUCUGACCUAAGAUGACAGAGCAAGGAUGGUGUUUUCUAUUCCAAGACUUGGGAAGCUCU